UAUGUGAUAUUAAUCGUAACUCAGUGUUCGCAUUUAUGUGGCUUCUCGUUCAUCUAAGUUCUGAUUUACGUAUGAAAAAUGUUGAAAAACGCUUUUAUAAUUUUGUUUUUGUGUUUUGACAUUAAUUGCCAAUCAAAUAAAGAUCUUUACAAUGGACAAUAUAAUACACGGCCUGAUGGCUCUGAAGCAAGACUUCCAAAACCUGGGGAUAAUAACUAUAGAACAUAUUUGUAUAACAAUAGAAGGUAUGGUGCUGACCCCAGUAGAUAUAAUCCAUACAACCCUAACAUAAAUCAGCCUGGUGGAUUUCCAUACAAUCCAUUGAAUACCAAUCCAUUAGAUGAUCAGUUUAAAUACAAUACGAAUAUAGACCCAAACAAUCCAGAUGCAAUAUUCCCUGGUGUCCUGGGUGGCUGGAGGGAGGACUUGCAAGGGAGGGAGAGGAGAGACUCUCGACAACUGAAAAGAGACAUCUUUGUUAAUACCAAUUAUGGACAGGUUCAAGGAUUUAAGGUAUAUUUGUAUGAUAAUCCAGACCCUAAUUCCGGUUACCGACCAUGGCUGACCCCAGUGGAGAGGAUACAGGGAGAAGUAUCUGUAUUCCUGGGUAUACCAUAUGCUAGACCACCCGUGUUGGAAGGGAGAUUUAAGCCGCCGCGCCAGCACCCCGGCUGGCAGCUGCUGCAGGCGGUGGACUGGGGCCCGGCGUGUCCGCAGCCCGUGCGGUACACCGGAGCCACUAAGGGCAUCCGUGACAUGGACGAGGACUGUCUAUAUCUUAAUAUAUUCUCACCUAAUACAGAGGCAGGUGCAACAGCUCAGAAGUACCCUGUGAUGGUAUACAUUCACGGCGGACAGUUCUCCUCGGGCGCCUCCAACUUGUUCCCCGCGCACAUGUUGGCCGGCUUCUACAAUGUUGUUGUUGUUUCCCUCAACUACAGGCUCGGCGCAUUAGGUUUCCUCUCGACGUCUGACGAGAACUCGCCCGGGAACUACGGUAUGCUGGACCAGAUAAUGGCGUUGCGUUGGGUCCGCGACAAUAUUGAACCCUUCAACGGUGACCCGAAUUCUAUUACACUGUUCGGUCCCGGCGCAGGCGCAGCCUCCGCCGGCCUGCUGGCACUUCACCCGCAGACCAGCCAUAUUGUCUCCAGAGUUAUUGCACAGAGCGGGUCAGCGCUGGCGGACUGGGCGCUGAUCGAGGACAAGUUCCGAGUGCAGAACACAUCACUGGUGUUUGGGCGACUGCUGGGAUGCCCCAUUGACUCCUCCUGGAAACUGGUCAACUGUCUACGUCAAGGCAGAAGUUUCUAUGAGCUCGGCAAUGCUGAGUUUCAGCCACAAGUGGGGUUCAUCCCAUGGGGUCCGGUACUGGAAAACAAUUUCACAUAUCCCGGGGAUGAGUGGUACGAAGGGUGGCGAGCGCGGGACUGGACCUUCCUGCAGACCAAGCCCGAAGAUCUGAUAACUGCUAGAACAUUCAACCCCGCUCUCAGAUAUAUGACCGGUGUUACCACACAGGAGGCCGCUUAUGUGUUAUACAACAACGAGAGCCUGGCUCCUGGUUAUGAGAUCAGCGAGCAAUGGUUCGAUCAGAAGGUGCGCGAGCUUGUGCUGCGCUACAACUACACGCUGAACCCGCGCGGAGUGUACGACGCUGUGCGCUAUAUGUACACAUACCACCCCGACCCACACAACCUCACCGCCAUACGCGAACAAUACGUGCACCUCCUCUCUGACUUCCUGUACCGAGCACCUACAGACAAAAUGGUGAAGCUGCUCCUAGAACAAAAUGUGCCUGUGUACAUGUACGUAAUGAACACUACUGUGGAGGCGUACCGCUGGCCGGCCUGGCGACAGUACGCACACGGCAUUGAGGGUGUCUUCCUCACCGGAGCACCCUUCAUGGACCAGGAGUUCUUCCCGCGUCGGCUCCGGGUAGACCGUCAGGCCUGGACACCAAAUGAUAGGAAUAUGAGCCAUUUCUUUAUGAAGGCUUACUCAGAUUUUGCUAGAUUCGGCAAUCCGACGCGGUCUCGUAUCCUGGGCGUGCACUUCGAGCUGGCGCAGGCUGGACAGCUCCGGUACCUCAACCUCAACACCACCUUCAACUCCUCCAUACAGCUCAACUACAGGCAGACGGAGCUCGCCUUCUGGACAGUCUACAUGCCCAAUGUCAUCGGCAGAAUGGUACCUACGUACCCCCCCAUCACUGAGUACUGGUGGGAGCCUCGUCAGCCGCUGCAGAUAGCAUUCUGGUCUGUGGCAGUAGCCUGUCUGCUGCAGCUGGUGUUGCUGGUACUCUGCUGUAUGCUCUGGCGCAAUGCAAAGAGGGCUUCACCUCCCAAAUGGAAAAUGGUACCCAUAAUGGAGAGUGAUCGUCUGUACGAGGGUGACAUAUUCAUGGUGCCAGAGUUGACGGAGGGUGGCAUAGACAAUGACACCGCGGCGCGAUCGCGGGACAAUAUCUACGAAUACCGCGACGUACCACUCAAGAGACCGCACACGCCGCAGACACUCACUAGAACGUUAAGUCAGCCGGUUACACUGCAGUCAUCUCGCCCGCCAUCUGAAGCCUCCACAGGCUCUGCUCUAUCUCUGAAGGAGAGUACAGUGUCGCGUGCACCUGCGCCUGUACCACGCGCACGUUCACGCACACAAAUAGUACACGGAGUACCACAAACUACAGUCUGACACACCAUUUUAAACCUUAACAUCUACACAAUAAGGUUUU